UUCCCGCCUGUCACGCGGGUGACCCGGGUUCGAUCCCCGGCAACGGCGAAAUUUUUUAGUAUUCUAUUGACUAUUGCAUGGAAACGGCACCGUUUUGGGUUUUAAAACUUCAUUGGGUGUGGAGGAAAAGCGUAUAAAGACCGCGAAAUUAAGUCUGAUUUUUCAUUCCCGCCAUUGAAAUCUUCUCAAUCUCUUCUGGGAAUGGGAAAUGAGAUGCUUUGAUUUGGCGAGCUCAGAUACUCUGCGUCCUCAAUAUGAAGAAGCUCAAAGGCAAGGACGAUAAACCAGACGGUCUAGAAAUCACGUCCAUUGGCUCUCUCUAUGGUGGUCCUUUGGACAAGAAGUACUGGAGCUCCUCUAGGGGAAAAGAUCGGUAUCCAUAUCCGGUUGGGUAUCAAGCUGUUCGAGCACAUAACGGUAGUGUAUACAGGAUGGAAAUUAAUGAGGGUCCUAAAGGACCUGUAUUCAUGAUUACCUCUGCUGAUGGACAUUCGUCUUCUGGGCAAACUCCAGAUAUUGCGUGGGAGAAAUUCCAGAAGAACUGUUCUUCUCGUCCAAAAAUUUUGCAUGGGAAGAGAUUUUCGUGCAACAUAGAUGGUGUGGAGUUUUUUGGAUUUAAAAAUCCAUUUAUUCAGAGAUUACUUCGAGAAAUGGUGGCAAAUGUUAGUGGAGCGGCAGAACAAAUUUUUUUAUCCUCCACCUCCUGCAAAGAGACUGGUAAAGAAGAUCCUACUAGUCAUGGUUCAGAUUCAUGUAAUCUGCCACAUUUGGCAAGUUCUCGUAUCACGGGAAAAAGUAGGAGACGUGAAAUCACCAAUACAAAGUCAUCCAGCAAGGUUAACCGCAAAAGAUCCAGGCCUCAAGAUCUGAAAAACAAUGCUGAGGCUAUAGACCCAGUAGAAGAGAACAAAGAGAGUGCUAAUUGUAAACCUCCACCAGUCUUGUCACCUUCCAUAUAUUUACUACCUUUUCAAGAAGAAAAGAGUCACGUUUCAGAAAAGGACUUGCAAUCAAAUUCAUUUGGCAUCUCUAAUCAUCUUAGAGGCGUUGUCCCUGCUGAAGAAACAAUGGUGCCCAUUACUUCAGGAAAUUGUACAUCCACUGGUCUUACUGUAACAGUGGCCAACAAGGAAAAUACCCUUGACAGGUUACCAGAUCCAGGAGAUUACCCUGAUGAGAAUGUUGUUGAUCUUUAUGCCCCUGAUUCCUUCGAUCUUGUGCAAGAUAUUUCUACAGGACCAGGAGGUUGCGACGACAAGAAUGUUAUUGAGCUUUAUGCUCCUGAUACCUUGGAUGUUGUGCAAGAAGAAAUUAUUGCAGCAGAGAUGGUCAUUUCUGAAGGUUUGGCAAGUGAAUCCAAUCCAGAAGAAGAAAUAGGGACAUCCAAUUCCGGAAAGAGUGAAAUUGAUUCAGUUGGUCAAGAAACUGCCAAGUCCAUGAUGACAUUUCUGCUUCCCCAAGCAAUUCCCUUGCUCAAGAAGUCAUCAAGGAAGAAAAAAGCUGUCGUUAGCUCUUUGGAAAUUCGGUCUCGCGUGGUGCCUUCUGAAAACCAGAAUAAUGCGGUAAUGAAUGCUGAAAACAAAAUGGUGGAUAUGGAGGAACUGAUGAAUAUCCAGUGCACAAGUCUUGGUUAUUCAGAUGCAAGGAAAUGCGUAGCAGAUCAUCUGAGUGUUCACCAAGUAUCUUACCAUGAGAUAAUGCCCUUUGGUGAUUCCAAAGCUGAUCAAGUUUGUUUUCACGAGGAAGCAUGCCCCCGGGACACUCUUGGACCUCCUAUUGGUGUUCAGGAGCAUAACAAGCCAUUAGACUGCUGUCUUGAGACCACUGAAAGAAAAGAUAAAUUAUGUUGUAAUGAAGUAAAUGUGGAGUCAGAUGGAGCAAUUUGUCAGGCUGACCAUGAUAUAUCUGAGUCUCUGCCAAGUUGCAAUAUCUCCAAGAAAAAUGAAUUUGCUGAAGAAAUAAGGGAUGCUUGUGCGAGCAUAGAUGAAAACUUAGUAGCUGUUGGUACAGAUGAUAAUUCCAAAUCUCAAGGUAUUCUUAGUUCACAGAGUCUGCUACUAGAAGAAUCUGGUGUUAAAACAGUGCUUGAAGAAACCUGCAAUAUGUCACUCACUCAAACACCAAGUUUAGUAUAUUCCAGACGAAAAAAAGUCGAAAGUAUAAAGCAUAAAAGUAAGUACAGGGCUCCUCUCUCAGAAAGUAUUAUAUGCCGAACUUUUGCGGAUAGCUGUGUUCCUGAAACAUCUACCACCAUGGGAAAUUGUAAUACUCUGGAAGCAUCAGAAAUGGGCUGGUCUUAUGACAGAUCAUGUAAAGAUGUUUUUGGUUCUGAAUCCAUGAUUUCAGGGCCAUCCAAGAGUAUUCCUGUAUAUAGACCUACAACUGAUUGUAAAAGUCUACUAAACAAUACAGUUUCUGCUGUAUCACAUGAUCAGUCAAUUAUGUGUUUGUCAAGCCUUCAUGUCGACAAGGAGAUAAGGCAUGAAAACCCCUUAGUGCGAAAGAGUUCUGAAUCAUGUAAGAAACAGGCAGCAAGUAACUCCCACAGCUCUUCAUAUAUUGCUGAAGAAUGCCAAUACAGUUCAGAUUUCAAGCCUAAAGGCAUGCCCAUGGAAAAAGAUUUACUAGGUAAUUUUGACCUUGUUGGAUGCUAUGUCCACCCACUCCCUGUGUUGUCUUUAACGGUGAGCACUGGGGACAACGAGAUCCACAUUUGUGUUUUGUGUGACUUGCUUGAUAAGUACAGGACCCUAUUUAUCUACAAGGUAGCAACUCAUGAACCAACAGCUGGAUAUCCCUCUUUUGUGGGUCACACAUCAGUAUUAUUUCCGGUUCAAAAAGACUAUUUUGGUAGAGAAAUUGAUCUUGAAAGAUCUGGUGUGCAGUUCACUCCAGGAGGGCUAUAUCUUCUUCUACUUGACAGCAUUAGAACUCCUUAUUGCAGGCAAGGGAGAAUUCCUUGUACGUGCUCAGUAUGUGCAUCAAGCAGCUUUGAGGGGAAUGCAGUGAAGAUUGUUGAAGUAAACCUUGGAUAUGUCUCAGUAGUGGGAAAACUGACUACAGCUGAGAGCUUACAACAUCUUUUGGUUUGUGAACCCAACCGUCUUGUUGCUGUUGGAGAGAGUGGGAGAUUACAUCUGUGGGUUAUGAAUCCAACAUGGUGUGCACAGGUUGAGAAGUUCAUCUUGCCUGCUAAUGCUUUUGUAUCCCCUGGUAUAGUGGAGAUAAAGAAAAUUCCCAAGUGCACUAGUCUUGUUCUCGGCCAUAAUGGUUUUGGAGAAUUUAGUUUAUGGGACAUUUCAAAACGCAUCAUCGUUUCAAAGUUCACUUCACCAAGCACUUCCUUUUGCAAGUUCAUUCCAGUCGGUUUGUUCAAUUGGAAAAAGAAAGGUCAAAGUUUCAGAGACACAACAGUAGAAGAAAGUGUCCAUAGAAUGAUAACUGCAACAAAUAUGUGUUUUUCGGUACAGACCAAUGACGAUUCCCUUUUGCCAUUAGAUGGGGAAGAUGUCGCUGUAUGGCUUCUUGUCUCUGUUAUGCCUGAUUCUGAUGUUGAACAUGACUAUAAAUCAAGUGAUUAUCAAACAAAAUCAGUAGGAUGGUGGAGGCUUGCUCUACUGGUGAAAAAUACAGUAAUCAUAGGGAGUAUAUUGGACCCAAGUGCUGCUGCCAUCGGAGCCUCUGCCGGCCACGGGAUCAUUGGCACACAUGAUGGGCUUGUGUACAUGUGGGAAAUGUCUACUGGAACUAAGCUUGGAACUUUGCAUCAUUUUAAAGGUAGCAAUGUUUCAUGUAUUGCCACUGAUGAUUCAAUGAAAGGUGCAUUAGCUGUUGCUGGUGGGGAAGAGGUACAUUCGAAAGUUUGCAAGAGGCUGUUGAGGUCUAAAGGGUGCAAUCUUAGAUGGUCUUCUACUCAAACUUGUUGCCAAUCUUCAACUAUAUGCUUAUUCUGAUGUUGAUUGGGCUAGCUGUGUAGAUGACAGGAGAUCUUGGUGAGAAUCUCAUCUCAUGGUCUGCCAAAAAGCAACAAGUUUGUUGUACGGUCUAGUACUGAAAGUGAAUUCAGAUCCCUUGCAAAUACAGCUGCAGAACUUAAAUGGCUUAUCAACUUGUGGCAUGAGCUUCAUGUUUCUCUUUCUAAGCACCAAUUAUUUGGGUAGACAAUCAAAGUGUAGUUGCACUUGCUGCAAACUUUGUAUUUCAUGCUAGAUCUAAGCACAUUGAAAUUGAUCUUCACUUUGUGAGAGAUUAGAUUUUGGACAAAACACUCUCGGUCAAAUUUGUCCCUUCAAUUGAUUAAGUGGCCGAUGUUCUAACUAAACCUCUUGCAACAGAUAGUUUUCUCUAUUUUAAGGGAAAACUUCAAGUGGCUUCCAUUCCUUUUCAUUUGAGGGGAUGUUAGCUAACAUAACCUUUAGUUAGUUUAGUUAGUUAAUUAAUUAGAAGUUAGUUAACUGUUUUUUCUGUUUUAGUAGAGCUCUGUUUUAGCUCUUUACUUUGUCCAUUUGUAUAACUUUGUGCUUAUCAAUAAAGGACCUCUCAUUAAUGAGAGGCAAGCUUUUCUGUCAA